AUGUCAGCAAGGUCCCGCGGAAGCUCAGUGGGCAAAUUGGUGGAGCGCUUCGAAAGCGCACACGGUGCACAUGGAGAAGCUAAGAGGUCAGAACCCAAAGGUCAUCCCUUGGCAUUUGCCUUCGCCCGAUGGUGGCGAGCCGUUCAGCCACUUGAGAAGCUGUGCCAGACUGAUUUGUCUACGAAGUCCGAGGGGAUGACAAGAUUUGAAGCGAAGCCACGGCUGCCACGGCCAGAGAAGGCCACAAAGGCAAAAGAUGCAAAAGCUCAGGAGGAAGCCACUCAGUUGAGCUGUUCCACCGAGACACCUUCGCAAGGCCAAAGCAGCUGGAGCAAUCUCGGAAGUGAGGCGUUAGUGGUAGCUGCUCGGGCCUUCCUGGCCAAUCACCGCCUUGAUCCAUCGCUGGAUCUCCUGGAUCGUCGCAUCCGUUUGGACGCAGAUUCCGACUCUGAAUCCGAGGAGAGAGGUGCUCGUGAUGUAUUGGCAGCUGCCAAACUCCUUGCUCGUAUCCAGCACCUCAGCGGCUCUCUGCCUGAUGCCUUUUGUUCAACAUUGGGCGAACUCUGGACAUCGCCGCCGCAAAUUGAAAUACAGAGCGUACAGAGAACGUCUCAGUCUUCUUGGCGAGAAAGCUAUGACAGCAUGGUUCUGUCUGAGACCGAGAAGGAAGACUGGCAGAUGUUUGCUGAAAAACAGUUGGAAUCAGCGCAAGAGGUGAUCAAGGACCAACGAGACUUGCUCCAACUUGAACAGCUGCAGAAAGAAGAAAUGCAGAAGAAGAUACAAGAUCUGGAGGAUGCUUUACAAGAGCAGCUGAAUGACCAGGAACAGCGGGACAUGAAGUCCAGAACGCUGCAAUUUGAGCUGGAAAAACAAUUGAAGCAGACACAGGAACAGCGGGACGCACUGCAGCUAGAAAAGGUGCAAUGGCAAGAGCUGGCAGAAAAGCUCAAGCUGGCUGAGGAGCAUAUGGACAUGCUGCAGCUGGAGAAGUUGCAAUGGGAGGAGCUGGAGAAAAAAAUGAAGAAGACACAGGAAAGGUACGAGAUGCUGCAAGCGGAGCUGGAAAAGAACCUGCAGGAACAACGCGACCUGCUACAAUUGGAAAAGUUGCAAUGUGAGGAGCUGCAAAAAAAGUUGAAGAAGACGCAGGAGGUUGGUCACAAAGAGCACAACAAAGUGGAAGUGCUCGAAGUGCAGGUGGAUCUUUUGUCCAAGGAAAACGCAGAGCUUCACAGCUGCAGGGAUCAGCUGAGCGAAGUUCUUUGUGAGAAGAAGGUCUUGCACCUUGGCAACAGCGCAACUCCCAGUGGCGCCGCAGCGCUUCGGAGUGCUGCGGCAGUGUUGACGGAGCUGCGAGUGCGCUUGGCCAAAAGCGAAGCGAAGCGACAGCAGCUGGAGGACUUGCACGAGCUGCAACGAUAUCGGGACAUGCAACGAGAUCUCAAGGAAGGGAAUGAUGAAAAUGACUCAGGUGUGCUUUCCGGUCACUGUCUUCCGGAUCAGGCACAGGAGAGCAUCAAUCUUCCCCAUGAGGUGAUGUCAGCAGCAGAUCUGGCUGCUCAUCUUCGACGAGGUGGGGAACCUUUGCGAGCUCAAGCCUCCCAGGAAGUGGCCCAUUGCCAAGAGCUGACAAAGCGCUUACACGCUCUGCAAAAAGAUCGAGAUGCUAUGGCAGUGGAGGUGCGCGAAGCCCUGACUCUCUGUGGCCGAGCAGCCCGCGCAGCUCGUACUGCGCAGGUGAAGCAGCAACACUUUUGCUUCUUCGUCGCAUCUGUGGAUGAAGAUCCUGUGAACUUCGCAAAAUUUGUGGAACAUUGCCGCAAAGAGCGCUUUCCUGAGGGAGGUGACACCGGUGACACAGGCGGUGAGGGCAAUGCAAAGCCUGAAGGGUUGGAGCCUCCUCUCGAGCCUCUCGAAGACAGCUACUGCGAAGCAGAUCGCUCUGUCCACACAACCAAGAGGCGCAAUGCAUGGCUUCCUUUGACACGCAACGAGUCGCUGGCAUUCACCUACGAGAGGACUGUUAGUGAGCUUUGCGCAGACAAGGGAGGACUCUCAGACGUGAGCUUUGCGCUCCCGCCCGACAUAGACAAGGCCUCCCGCCGGCUCAUGCCUGGACUGCUUCUCCUGGGUGCUAGAGCACGUUGUGGGUCACGGAAGAACGGGAAAGAGGAUAGGCGUCGGGCCGAUUGGCGGCUUGAGCCGGGGAGGUCCGUUUGGACCUUCCUGGUUCAUGCUGCCAAUCGGCCCGGCGCCCCUCCCGGCCCUGGGCUGCCCCGGUUGCUGUAUGAUUGCGUUUCAGUGAAGUUGAAGGUCAGGAAGCUGCGACAGGAGAAUGCCUCAACAGAGGAGUGGUGCUCGGACAAUCGUUUUCCCGCUGACAAGAAGUUCUCUGCGCAAGGCCUCUCGCAGUUUCAAGACGUUUUCGGAGAUGCUGAACUAGCAGAUUUGAGAGAGAUCUUGGAUAAAGAUCCACUUUGGAAGCUGGGUACCACGUGGGAGUUCAAGGCGAAGGUACACAGUGAUUUCAAUGAAGAUUUGGCAUUCGGAUUCCCGGGUGGUGGCGGUUUCCUUAGAUUCAACAUUCCACCCUCAGCAGACGAAGAGGAAAUCCUGGUGGUCGACCAGGUGAAGGCCUUGGCUGACAGUGUGGAGCUUGAGUAUCGCGGGACCUCACCUGCGAAUCUCUCAGAGUUUGCAGUUGACAUUUGGGACGUGUGCCUCCGACCGCGCCCAUGCUCAGCCUUCAGCGGAUGUUUGCCAAGCUACAAAUAUCGGAACAAGCAGCAUGGCACUGGUGAAACCCUUGAGGAUUGCUGUGAGCCAGUCCUUUGCAAGGAGGAACUUUCCAAUGGCUGCAGCCCAGACACCAAGUGGAAACCCACAGAGGACUUUGACACUCGCUUGGGCGACAGUCUGGCACGCUGCUGUGUGGUGCAACAGUGUAGCGAAGCCACUUGCAGCUCCACCAAAUACAAGCUCAGGGAAGGCACUGGACUACUUGGUUCAACAGAGGAAGAAUGUUGCGACAAGCUCUUUUGCUCUGACUUCAAGGGGCUUUGCAAUCCGGCACAUGACUCCUCACGGCUGCCUGAUCUUAUGGAGGACGGUUCUCCACGCCUUGGUAGUUCCGAGUUUGACUGCUGCAAUAUCUUCAAUUGCACAGCAUUUGACUGCUCAAAUCCAGCUGGGAAUGGACUUUGGGCGAACCGAUCACAUCCAGAAGGUAUUGGUCAUAGCUUUGCACAUUGUUGUGACGAGUUGUUCUGUAGCGAAGUUACCUGUGACAACAACACCAAAUUCGGACCUGAGGCUUCAGGCGAGAGGCAAGGAAGUACUCCAGAGGUUUGUUGCAAACCAAAGCUUUGCAAGGAUUACACCUGUCAAGGUGCCAGCCUCGGCAUUGUCUCGCCGGAAGCCUUCGGGAGCACCGACGGGGAAUGCUGCGCUGAGCGAAAGUGCGAGGACUAUACCUGCAGCUCUGCCACGAAAUGGGAAAAGAAGCCAAGCGUGGAGGAAUCUGAAGACGGUGGUCAACAACCACGGAUGGGCUUCAGUGAUGAAGAGUGUUGCGUGCCAAAGUUCUGUAAGAACUUCUUGUGCUCCUCUACAAAGUGGAAGUCCAGGCAUUGGCCUGAGGACGACAAGACGCUAGGAGGUAGCUUUGAGGAGUGUUGCGACGCACUGAUGUGUUCCAACUACACCUGCACAACAGACUACGAUGGUGAUGGACAAGGCACCAUGUACGUCAAGAAGAAGGACACCAACUCCUUCCGGUGGCAGGGAAGUAGUGAUGAGGACUGCUGCACGCCCCUCUUUUGCUCGCAAUAUGAAACCAAGUUUCCCACAAAGUGGCGCCGCAACACUGCGCAGCUGGGGAGUACCGACGCUGAGUGUUACGAUCCUGCCUGGUGCUCUGCAUUCAAUGGUUGUGGAGAGCUAAAACUCAUCAAGGAUGCCACGCACAAACAGGGCUCCACUGUCCAGGAGUGCUGUGAGGCAGCAAAGAAAACAGAUUGA